AUGACCGGCCAGUGCCUCGUCUCCAUAUUCAGCCUGCUUUUUGGUGACAAGAUGCUGUCCCUGGGCCUUAACACGACCAGCGCUGCCGUCGUCAUGAACACCAUGAUGGCAGUCAUGCAGUUCUCUGGUCUUAUGAUGGGGCCAUUACUGAAGAAAUUCAGCACGCGUCGAGUAGCUUUCAGCGGGGGCUGCCUUAUAGUGGCUGGAGUCCUUCUCACCAGUUUUGCCAACUCUUUCAUCCACAUCAUUAUCACCUACAGCAUCUUCAUAGGUCUGGGCAGUGGGCUAGUCUCGCCCUCUGGCUUCAUUGCAGUCAAAUCGUACUUCGUGAAGGCACGAGGGCGCGCAGUUGGCAUGUCCAUGGCGGGCGGCAACCUGGGUCAGAUGGCGAUGCCGCACCUGGUGCGUUUCCUGCUGGAGAACUACGGCUUCAGCGGCGCCAUGCUCGUUCUAGGAGGUGUGGCCAUGCACGGUCCAAUGGGCAGCCUCCUCUUCCACCCUCUGGAAUGGCACGCCGAGCGCCGACCCGUCGCCAGUGAGCUGAAGCCGCUCAAGGACGAUGGCGCUGCGGCGAAUGAGCAGCCGACCAAGGUUCUAAAGCCGAGGCGCUUCGCGUCUGUGACGUCACUAGCCACCUCUGAGUUGGGCGACAUGAGCGAAGCCAUACCUGUCGAUCACAGCAAGCGUCUGCCGCCCACUAGCGAUGAGGACCCAAGCCCCGUCCAACAGAAGCACCAAUCAGCGUGGCGUCGUGUGAUCGCCUUCAUGGACCUGGACCUGCUACAGAACUGGGUGUACCUGAACGUGAUGUUUGGCACAGCGUGCAUGGUCGCGGCGGCCAUCAACUUCUCGCUGCUGCUGCCCUUGUACCUGCAGCGCCACCUCCACCUCUCCCUGUCCGACACGGCGCUCUGCCUCACCAUGAUAGCCGGCGGCGACUUCGUGGGCAGACUCACCGUGCCUUCCUUCACAGACCGCUUCAAGAUCAAGCCGCGACUCACCUUCUUCGUCGGCGCGAUCGUCACUGGCCUCACCCGCUCAGCGAUAGCCAAGUCUUCUGGCAUGGUGGCGCUGUGCGUGUGGAACGCUGUGUCUGGAUUCUCUCGAGGCGCCGCCGUCGUCAACGUAAACCUGUGUGUCACCGAGGUGUGCCCCGAGCACAAGCUGCCGGCCGCCAUAGGCUUCAAUAUGGUCUCCUGCGGCAUCCUGCUACUCACUAUCGGACCAGCUAUAGGUUACGUCCGUGACGCGACAGGAGACUACCCUCUGUGUAUUCACCUGCUGACUGUGUUGUUGCUCGUCGCCAUGGUAUCUUGGCUCAUAGAGGGCUCGGUGCAUUGGUGCCGCCGAAAGAGAUGA